AAUCAUCAUGGACAUGGACUCGGACCUAUUUGACGAGGAGGAGCAGCAGCAGAGCACCUUUGAGCUGGCCACCAACUACGUGAGUGGCCAAUCGCAACAAUUUAAGGAUUCCGAUCUGCUGGAAUUCUACGCAUACUACAAACAAGCCGCCGAGGGGUGCUGCAACCAGGCAAGCCCCUCCAUACUACAGAUGCGGGCGCGCAGCAAGUGGAACGCGUGGAAGGCGCUGGGCGACAUGUCCCAGGUGGAUGCACAGCGCGCGUACAUCGAAAAGCUGCAGCAGAUCAAUCCCAAGUGGAAGGAAGAGGGCGGCAAGUCGAAGGGCAAUAGCUGGGCCGUUCACUCCAUCGAAUUGGUGCCAGUGGAGGAUCUGAUGCCCGACAACAAGAAGACCUUGUUCGAUCUAGUCAAGGAGAAGAAUCUGUCGGCCCUGGGCAAGAAGAUGAAGAUGGGCGACACCGACGUGAAGGAUGAGCAUGGCAUGACGCUCAUUCACUGGGCCACCGAUCGGAAUGCUGUCGACAUCAUCGACUACCUGGUGGUGUCGAUGGGCGCCAAUGUGGACCAGCUGGAUGCUGAAAUGCAGACACCGCUGCACUAUGCCGCCAGCUGUGGCCAUGUCGAGGCGGUGCGCACUCUGCUGGACCUGAAGGCCAGGCUGGAUCUGUACGACGACGAUGGCCAUUCCUGUUUCGAUGUGGCCGACACUGAGGAGAUCUUCAACAUGCUGAAGGCCGAGGAGGAGCUGCGCCAGGCUGCCCAGUAAGUCACCACCACCGCCCACACAGCUAGUUCCAGCAAUUCCGUCUUUCAUUACAACAAAUAAAUGUGGAGAUAAAUGUCCAUGUAAACUAA